UCACCCCCUCUCCUCCACCUCCACACACGGGGAGGAAAAAACAGUAGCGAUAUCCAAGGCAACUCAUCGCAACACACCACCACUGCACGGACAAAUGCAAACACCAACCAUGCCGACGCCCAUGGCCACGCGGCCGACGUCGACAAUGGCGCCGAAGCUGCCCGCGCCGUCGACGCCGCGGCAAUGCUACCUCCUGCCAGGCCGCCGGGCGGGGCUGGCGCGCGGCGCCCCCUCGGCGUCGUCGAAGAAGCGGAACCCGUGGCUCGACCCGUUCGACGACGGGCCCGACGAGGAGUUCGACUACACGGGCGUGUACUCGGGCGGGAAGCAGGAGGAGGACCCGCGGCCGCCGGAGGACGCGGAGAACCCCUACGGGUUCCUCCGGUUCCCCAUGGGGUACAUGCCGGAGCUGGACAGCCUGGCCUCCAAGGUGCGCGGCGACGUGCGCCGCGUCUGCUGCGUGGUCUCCGGCGGCGUCUACGAGAACGUGCUCUUCCUCCCCGUGGUGCAGAUGCUCAAGGACCGGUACCCCGGCGUGCUCGUCGACGUGGUGGCGUCGGCGCGCGGGAAGCAGGUCUACGAGAUGUGCAAGAACGUGCGGUACGCCAACGUGUACGACCCCGACGACGAGUGGCCGGAGCCCGCCGAGUACACCCACCAGCUCGGCGUCAUGAAAAAUAGGUACUACGACAUGGUCCUGUCGACCAAGCUGGCAGGGACGGGGCACGCGCUGUUCCUCUUCAUGUCGUCGGCGCGGGAGAAGGUGGGCUACGUCUACCCCAACGUCAACGGCGCCGGCGCGGGACUGUUCCUCACCGAGAUGUUCAAGCCGGCGACCACCAACCUCGCCGACGGUGGCUACAACAUGUACCAGGACAUGCUGGAGUGGCUGGGCCGGCCGGCCAAGGGCGUGCCGCAGCAGCCGACGCCGCCGCUCAGGGUGUCCAUCUCCAAGAAGCUGAGGGCGGUGGUGGAGGACAAGUACAACCGCGCGGGCGUGGAGAAGGGCAAGUACGUCGUCAUCCACGGCAUAGAAUCGGACUCCGUCGCCAACAUGAAGUCCAGGGGAGACGACGACUGCCUCCUCCCCCUCGAACUGUGGGCAGAGAUCGCCAAGGAGAUCAGCUCUGGAGGCAAUGGGCUGAGGCCUCUGUUUGUGAUGCCACAUGAGAAGCACAGGGAAGAGAUCGAGGAGAUUGUCGGUGAGGAGACGGCCUACCUGUUCAUCACUACUCCUGGACAGCUCACCUGCCUCAUCAAUGACUCUGCGGGCGUCGUCGCGACCAACACGGCCGCCGUUCAGCUCGCCAACGCCCGUGACAAGCCAUGUGUGGCGCUGUUCUCCUCCAAGGCGAAGGCGAGGCUGUUCCUGCCGUACGCGGAGGAGAGGAAGAGCUGCACCGUUGUCGCGUCGGCGACAGGCAAGCUGGCCGGCAUUGACAUCGAGGCGGUGAAGAAGGCGGUCAAGGACUUGGAGCCCGCUCCUAGCUUCGCAUUGGCACAAACAUAAUAAAAAAGCAUCGUCUUCGUUGUGUUGUACAUAGAUAUGAAAAUCGAGCUCAUCUGACCAACAAAUGUGACCAAGAGUUCGGUUUCUUGUAGUUACUUCAGUUCAGGUUCAGCACACAAAUAUAUAUUGGCGCACCGAGGCGUAUUCCGCGAUCGUAAA